AUAAAACGGUUUCUGUUUUUGCGAAACUAUAAAUACAGCACAGUACUACUGAUGGAGUAGUAACAGUACGUGAAAAUAGAGCGAAAAUCAAUGGAAAACGUGGGAUCGCCCUCCGCCUCCGACGAUGGUACGCCGGUGCAACCCAUCUCCUCCUCGACUCCUCCGGUGCCGUCAUUUCCAGCUCUCCUAGGCACCACCGUUAGUGGACUUUCGUCUUCUACGGCUGAUGUAGAGACUACUCCUCAGGUCGCCGGCUGUGGACUUUCGUCUUCUAUGGCAGAGGUACAGAGUACUCCUUCAACGUCUCAGUUCGCCGGCAGUGGACUUCCGUCUAGUCUUUCAAUGUCCGGCGGUGGACUUUCGUCUUCUACGGUAGAUGGAGAAAGUGCUCCUUCAACGUCUCAGGUCGCUGGCAGUGGACUUUCAUCUUCUACGCAGCCGCAGGCAGAUGAAGCGGCAGUUUCUAGUGUAUCAAACCCAGAAGAAUUUGGACCUAUGCAAUCGCACGUGAUCAAGGCAGAAGCUGGGGAGGAAAAGGAUCUUAAACUGGAGAGUGAAAUCAAUUAUCUAGUAUUGAAGAGGAAGUUGGUGAAGUUCACAAUCAAACAGAUCAAUUCAUUCAUUUCUGCCAGAAGUGUGGUAGGAAUAGGUAGCUGGGGAACGGUGUAUGAAGGAAUGAUUGAAGGAUUAUCUGGACUAUCUAGUGAUUUGAAUGGGGAAAGAAUUGCUGUCAAAGUAGGAAAUUAUUUCUGCAAAGAAGAAGAGUUUUGUAAUGAUGAGAAUUAUAUUCAAUGGAAGACUGAGAUUAUGAUACUAUCAGAUAUAAAACACGAGGGUGUCAUCAAAUUGUUCGGUGUUUGCCGCACCAAUCGAGGUUUAUACCUGGUUUAUCCCUUCUAUGAGAGGGGAGAUCUCCAGAAAAGCAUUGAAGUUUUAGAUUGGGAGAGAGCUUUAAAUGUUAUCGUGAAAGUUGCUGAGGCACUCAGGGUGUUGCAUAGGGGUCAAGUCGUAUGCAGGGGCUUGAAGCCGGCAGACAUAUUGUUGGAUGAUAACUGGAACCCUGUAGUGACAGGUUUUGGGCUAAUGAAGAUGUUUGGAGAUGGUUUAAGUGUAUCUCAAAAAUUCAAUCAGGAAGACCUGCUCUUCUCAGGACAUCAAGACCAUGUCCUUCACUAUGACUCUUACUGUCUGGGUUUUCUGAUGCUCCAAGUGCUGAUGAAGGUGAAAGAAGCUCACAGUCACUGGGCCAAAGGAGAGGGGAAUUAUGCACUUUGAUAUUGAUUCUUAUUCGUGUCGCUAUUUCUCGGAAUUUGUAGAGCAGGCACUCAAACUCAAUAAGCAGAAUUCUCAUGUUGUCCAUCUGGAUUUCUUGAAGACGGGUAAAUGUACGAUGAUCGUUGCAAGAAAUUUAAGCGAAUUGGCAUUUAAAUGUUUAGCCCAAGGGGGAGUAACCCGGCCCACGUCGGAAGAAGUGGUAAAAUUACUCCGUAUGAUUGUCAGUCUCCCGGCUGCUCUCGGUGGAAGUAGUAGUAAAUCGUCCAAGUGAAAUUAGCUUUAUGACCUUGUUUUGAACUGUUUUCUGUAGUUCAGUCAUUUUUCCAAACUUUAUAUUGAUCCGUUUAUCUUUGCUUAUCGGUAUAUAUACAUACUUUGUGAGAGCGAAA